AUGUGCUGCAAAAACAGCAACAGCAACAGCAACAGGCAACAAAUGCGUGAAGCCCGCCGUCACGCCCGCGGACCACCUUGCAGCCGCCGAUCCCAUAGCCACGCCGUCGUCGUCGUCGACCAACCCGCUCCCUCUGCACCAGUAGUCUUCUCCCGGUUCCAGCGCCGCCAGCCUGUGGCUCGAGCUGCCGUCGGCAAUGAUCAGAUGCUCGUACACGUACAGCACCUCAACCAGAGCCGCCAUGCGGCUCAUCAGCAGCAAGCCGCCUACAACGCUCCUGUGCAAGCUGCUUUGGAACCGACGCGCCAGAGCCGCCGCUCCUCGGGUGCGGCGGGUGCGGCGGGCUCAAAGGAGGAAAGAGAGCGGGAGAGGGAGAGGGAGAGGGAAUUGGCGUAUGCUGCGAGAUGGAAGAGUGAGAAGAAGCGAGAGCCGAUGCAGAUGAGGAGGGAGAUGAGGGGGGAGAGAAUGGACGAUGGCCUGCCGCCGAGUUAUGCGGAGGUUAUGAAGCAGCAGCAGCAGCAGCAGGCUUAA